AGAAAAGAAAAGAGAGAGAGAGAGAGAGAGAGAGAGAGAGAGAGAGAGGGAGUCUGGGAGAUGGAGAAGAUAUGCAGAGAUGAUGAAGGAUUGUUUGAAACAAGAAGAGGGAAAGGGGGAAAAAUUUAUAAGGUGUUUGCUGGGAGUGUGUUUCUUGGGAUAUUGAUGAUAUGGGUGUAUAGACUAAUUACUAUGAUUUUAAGAGGGAGUAGUAGUAGUAGUAGUAGUAGUUCAUGGGCUUUAAUGUUUGGUGUGUUUGGAGCUGAACUUUGGUUUGGUUUUUACUGGUUUCUUACUCAAGCUUCAAGAUGGAAUCCUGUCUUUCGUUAUACUUUCAAAGAUAGACUCUCACUAAGAUAUGAAGAUAAAUUGCCCGGUGUCGAUGUUUUUGUUUGCACUGCUGAUCCAAGCAUUGAACCACCUUCCAUGGUCAUCAGCACAGUGUUGUCAGUAAUGUCAUAUGACUAUCCGACGGAGAAGUUAAGCGUCUAUCUCUCCGAUGAUGGUGGUUCACAGUUCACAUUCUAUGCACUCUUAGAGGCAUCUCGCUUCGCAAAGUAUUGGAUUCCAUUCUGCAAGAAGUUCAGGCUUGAACCUCGAUCCCCUGCCGCCUAUUUUGCGCGAGCAAUUGAACCAAAUGAUGCUGCAUUUUCUGCAGAAUGGAUUGCAGUCAAGAAAUUGUAUGAAGAGAUGGAUGACAGAAUCAAUGCUGCCAUGAAAGAGGGAAAAUUGCCUCAAAACAUUCAUGAACAACACAAAGGAUUUGCAGAGUGGGAGACUGGAAUUACUGCCAAAGAUCAUCAAGCAAUUGUUCAAAUACUAAUUGAUGGAAAAGAUGAAACUUCAGUUGAUAUUGAAGGGUCUGUUCUGCCUACUCUUGUGUACAUGGCCCGGGAGAAAAGACCUCAUCGACAUCAUAAUUUCAAAGCUGGAGCGAUGAAUUCACUGAUAAGAAUCUCAUCAGAAAUAGGCAAUGGAGAGAUUAUUUUGAAUGUCGACUGCGAUAUGUACUCAAACAAUUCAGAAACUAUCAGAGAUGCACUGUGUUUUCUGAUGGAUGAAGAGAAGGGUCAUGAGUAUGCUUAUGUUCAAUUUCCGCAGGAUUACGAUAACAUUUCUAAGAAUGACAUUUAUGCUGCUUCAAUGAAGAGUAUCAGAGAGAUAGAUUUUCAUGGAUUAGAUGGAUAUGGAGGGAUAUUGUACAUAGGAUCAGGUUGUUUCCACAGGAGAGAAGUUCUAACUGGCAGACACUACAGCAAACAUUGGAAGAAAAAUACAAAAAUCGAUAAACCAAUAGAAAGAGACACAAAUUUAGAGACACUGGAAGCAAAAUGCAAGUCUCUAACAACUUGCAGUUUUGAAGAUAACACUGGAUGGGGCAAUGAGAUUGGUCUCAAGUAUGGCUGUCCAGUUGAGGAUAUAAUCACAGGACUAUCAAUCAAAUGCAGAGGCUGGAAAUCCAUUUACUUCAAUCCUCCAAGAACUAACUUUGUCGGUCUUGCCCCGAUGACACUCUCACAAACACUAGUUCAACACAAGAGGUGGUCUGAAGGCGACUUUCAGAUAUUCUUAUCAAAAUAUAACCCCUUCUUGUUUGGCCAUGGAAAAAUAAAAUUCGGCCUUCAAAUGUGUUACUCGGUUUAUUUGUUAUGGGCUCCUUGUUCCCUUCCAACACUCUACUACUCGACAAUUCCAUCUCUAGCUCUGCUCAACUCAAUUCCUUUAUUCCCCGACAUGAAAAGCAUAUGGUUCAUUCCGUUCGCCUAUGUUAUUGUUACUACAUCAGUUUAUAGUAUCGCCGAGGCAAUGUGGAUCGGACAAUCACGAAAAGCUUGGUGGAAUGAGAUCAGAAUAUGGUUGUACAAGAGACUAGCAUCAUAUCUUUUCGCAUUUCUUGAUGAUGUACUCAAAGUAAUUGGUGUAAACAAGACAUCAUUCAUUAUUACAUCGAAGAUACUCGAUGAAGAUGUCUCCAGGAGGUAUGCGAAAGAGAUCAUCGACUUCGGCCCAGCUUCUUCAAUGCUCACAAUACUAUCGGUUAUCGGUAUACUUAAUUUAUUCUGUUUGGUUGGUGGAUUGAAGAAAAUGCUAGUGUUUCAUGAGGGAAUUGUUAGUUCAUUGUUCUUGCAAUUUGUGAUAUGUGGAUUGAUCACUAUGAUCAACUUGCCAUUAUAUCAAGCAAUGUUUCUCAGGCGAGACGGCGGUCGGAUUCCGGUGUCUACUACGGUGAUUUCGAUUUCUUUGGCUUUGUUGGCUUGUUUGAUUCCUUUGCAUUAGCAAAGAUCAAGUGAAACUUCAUAGCUUUUGAAGUUGAAUGGUUUCAAAUUUUUCUGUGUGUUUGUAAUGACUUACUAAUGUAUGUUUGAAUACUUUCUUUGCUUAUGCUAUCAGAUAA